AUGCCGCUGCCCAGGAGGUCAAAACCAGAUUGGGAUAACUCGAACAACAACCUCAAAGUUUACAAACUUUCGAAAGAUGAUCUCGAUCACAAGCUGAAGUCGAGGAAGCACAAACCUCUGCAAGAUUACACCAACCUCAAUCUGACGAGGAGAAGACGACCGGAUGGCUCGGAGUACGUGGUUGGCAGAUACACACCUUCAGUCGUAGACCCGAGGAAGUCGUUGCUACGAUCGAGGCCGAAAUCUGCUGAAGAGAGCAGCCGGGCGAGUGAAUUCAGUCUUCCUCAUGAAAGGUCUGGUUCCAGCCAAGAGAAGUCGUUCGAGCAGGAGGCGGAUUCUCAAACUGCAGUGUCUUGUGAAAAGACAGAUCCCAAGUAUUCCAUGUACAGGAUUCCGUCUAGUUUUCAUUUCACACACGCGACUGGGCUUGUUGAGACUUGUGUGGUUUCUAGUUCAAGUGAUGUGGAGCAGAUGGUAGAGUUGCAGGACACUGAGAUUAACAUGGAGGAAUCUAGUGACUCUGGAGUGUUGGAGAAUAGUUCAUCUCCGGAGGAGACGAAACAGAGGGAGGUGGAAUCUGAAAGGCAGGAGUUCACUGGCGCUGGCUCCAAUGACACAAACAACAAAACUGCCACAAGGCGAGCAUGGAGUCUUUCCGAUUCGACCAAGAAGAUCAAGGGAGGAGCCUUGAGAGUAGAAGCUGAUUCACCUCUUAGUGGUCAGCGGGUUACCCAACGACUUCAUUUUCCAACUCAAUCAAGCAAGAGGGAGAAGGCCAACGAGAACGAUUUGGAUCACUUGGAACAAGCCUGCGAGGAAUUGAGGACCAAAGUUGUCAAGUACGAGUACUUGACUGGAAGGUUGGAGGUCGCUCAACCUCUUGAAAGGAGGUCUGAGAUACAAGGAUCAUACACGGAGUUCCUGUUGAGGGCCAGCUCCAGGCUCGUUGAGUACUUGAACAAGCGCAAUUCUACCCAGGAGAAGAAGGUAGAACAACUGGAACAAGAAUGCAGCAUUCUGAGGGGAGAGAGUGUGGAGCUCAAGAUAGAGAUGGACAAAGUGAAGGAAGAGAGUAACAAUCGCGUGAACUGCUUGCAGAAUGAAAUGCAGACACAACUAUCCGAGCUCAAGGAGGAAAACUCCAAGUUGCAAGAGCAGGUUCGGAUGCUGCUCGACAACAUCGAAUUCCAAGGGAUCCAACACUUGCUGGAUAGGAAUCUCAAGUCGAUUGGUGGUUCUCGUGUGACUUCAGCUCGUUCCCAUUAG